AUAUGAAUCCAUCAUCAUGAGUGAUGAGAUCAUAAAUUUAAUGAUGCGAGCUUGAAUUUUAGCAUUUUAAAGAUUCGUUUAAGUGCUGAAACGUGACAAAUUUAUCUUAAUUUUGUAUUUAGUUGUAAAUUUUAGUAUAUACAACUACAAUAAUGUUUCUUCGAUUUUACAGUACUUCUUGUGUGGUAUACAGCAUGAAGAAACAAGGAAUAAAGUUACAUAAAAUGUUAAAUCCCAAAAAUAAACGGCAGUGGUAUCCCUCACAGGCUCCAGAUUUAAAUAUACUUCCCACACUCAAUACAUUGACUAAAACUCAAAAAGUUCCUGAUAAUCAAGGAAUACGCAGAGUAGCUGUUUUAAAUAAACUAUUUAUGAAACACAUAACUGAUAUAAUGUCAACUGGCACAGUUUCAAUGAAUAUUAUUGGACGAGGAAUAGAAAUAUCUAAGGUCAGUGUUGCAAAAGACUUCAAAACCAUCAAUAUUUUCUGGAUAUGUAAAGGCGAUGCCAGUGAUGAAGAGACAGAUAAACUAUUGCAGUCAAUUGCAGGGCCCCUGAGACAUGAGCUAUCUACCCUCAGACUUAUGGGAGAAGUACCAUACAUAUAUUUUGUAAAAGAUAAGCAAGAAUCUCUGAUUGUUGAUAUUGACAAACGGUUACUGCAAGCUGAUUAUGGUGAGAACUACACUCCAACUGAUAUAGGGGAGCUAUUAAAAUCUGAAUUUACAUUAAAUUUGAAGUUAUCACCAGAAACAAAAGCAAAAAUAAAGCAAUUAGAAGACAGUCAAGAAAUAAUUGAGGACCCUAUACCAGAAAUGACAAAUUCUGUGUAUGGUUUAGAUCAUACAAAAAUUAUGAAUAGGUUGUUAGCAGCACGAAAGAGAAGUAAAGAAGCCUGGGAGAACCUGGAAUCAGAGUCACCUGUAAUAUCAUAUCGCACUACAAACACAUCUCACUCUAACAUUGAUCUCAAGGAGCAAAAGAAGGAAAUAGCAGAGUUUCUGAUUAAGCGACAGAUCCUUCACAACAAGUUACAGAGGGAAAAACGAAAGAAAGACGAUACACAUGUUGAACUUGAAAAAAUUGAAGAAAGAAAUGAGGAUAUAUACGAAUUUUGCGAUGACUACGAUGAUAGUUACGAUAUAGAGUAUAGUUCUGAAAAACAAUAAAUUGAAGUGAUAAGGACAAAAGAUUGGUACUUUAGGCUUAUUGUACCUUUGUAGAAAAGACUUAACUUGUAUAUAAAUGUAAAAUUAUUAGAGAAUAAUAAUAUAAUAUUUAGUUAAAAAGAUGUGAAUUGAUACAAAUACAAAAGUAUUCACAACCA